AUGGUGCGAAAUACCUCAUCAAACCCACCAAGUACAUACGUCAGCAACAUGAGAACCGCACUCCUCCUCUUCGCGACACUGCUCCUAACAGCACACGCUCGCACGAUCAACGUCGUGGGCGAAGGUACCUCGAACCUGCCCCCCGACCAGGUUACGUUGGAGGCCGGGGUGACGACGACGGCCAAGUCGGCGGUGACAGCGUUGACGGACAACAACCGCAAGUUCGUACGUCUCGUGGCCGUAGUUAAGGAGAAGGGCAUCGCAGAUAAGGACGUACAAACGUCGUCCUUCGACGUGUUCCAGGAUUUCCGAGGGCGUGGGGACAGCAGGAUGCGCGUGUACACAGUGUCUAACCAGGUCACGAUCAAGGUGCGCGAUGUGGCCAUGGUGGGGGAGAUCCUGGACGCCCUGGUGCGUGCGGGGAGCAAUGAGAUCUACGGAAUCACGUUUGGGCUGCAGGAUUCGCAGAUGGGCAAGGACACCGCGAGGAAGCUGGCUGUAGCAGACGCCGCGAGGAAGGCUGAGUUGUUUGCGAAAAGCGCAGGCGUGAAAGUAGGGAAAGUGCUCGCGAUUAGCGAGACGGCGAUCGCGGGGGGAUCGGACAAUGGUGCUACCCUCCCGAACGGAGAAUUUGCGGCUCGAGAAACUCUGUCCGUGUCGCCCGGCGAGCUUGAUGUCGAAGUGAUAGUGUAUGUGCUGUACGAACUUGUCGAGUAG